AAUAUAGAUUCUACAGUCGCUAUUCGGCAGGUGAAGAAAAUUAAUUUCCACACGCUCAUAUUAUUAUAUACUCAUACGGUGCACGUAGGAAAUAGCCAACACUGACAACUGUUACUGGUCCACCGCCAACGCGCUUAUCUGUUGAAAGCAGCGCAUGCGCACUCCAGAAAAUAUUAUAUGACUGUUAUGUCUUGAUGGUUACUGUAGUUGUCUCCGCUAUCCAGUCGUUAUAAUAUCCACAUCAUAUGUCUUCUGUAGCAUUCAUCAUUCACCGCUGGCUGGAAGUGACGUCGUCGGUCGUAUCAUCUUUGCAAGCGUUUGAUAAAAUUGCAUACAUAUAAGUAGUCCUGCACAGCGGACGCGUGCGCGCUAUCGGAAAUCCCCUAAUUCUAUCCUUAUCACAACAAUAAUCAUUAUUAUGAUUAUCCACAGCUGUAGCGCCACGCACAGCUGAUAAUUACGCCGCUUGGCAGUUGGCACUGGCAGCCUUAACUAACGCUAUCCGCUACAGCGACCUUCCUCAUCCCGCGGACUCAUUUCCCUGCGAGUAAUCUGCUCCGCAGCUGCAUCCGCUGCACUGCGUUCCUCUUUUUUUCGACUGCACAAUUUAAUAUUGUCCACGGCAGCAUCAUGCUGGGAAUCAGCAAGCGAACCCUGGCGACGGUGUCGCAGAACUACACGGAUUUCAAGUGGCUGCUGCCCUUCGCCGUCAGCAUCCUCGUCUUCGUGCAGUUCGCCCGCGAGCACACCGAGAACUCGGUCCUAGCCUGCGUCAUCAAAGCGGCGCCCAUCGUCUCCCUGGCCGUCUUCACCUGGGUGCGCGGCGUCCGUCUCCCGCAGCGCCGCCAGACCGCGCUCUUCAUCUUCCUGGCGCUGUGCCUCAGCGCCCUCGGGGACGUCUUCAUCCAGCUGAAGGCCGCCGGCUACUUCCUGCACGGCAUGGCCGCCUUCGCCGCCUCCCAGUUCCUCUUCACCGUCGCCUUCGGCUUCCGGCCGCUGAACAUCUUCAUCCUGCUGCCGCUGCUCGGCGUCGGCGCCUCCUACUACUACCUCCUCUACCCGGCGCUCAAGGCCCACAAGGAGCCGGUCUUCGUCAGCGCCGUGCUGGGCUACCUCCUCCUCAUCACCGGCAUGAUCUGGCGCGCCUUCGCCAAGUACCACGCGGCGCGGAAGGCGGGGCGGGGGCGCAACGCCGACGCGGUGUGGCUGCUGGUGGGGAGUGUCGGGGCGUUGAGCUUUGUCGUCUCCGACUGCACGCUGGCCUGGUGGACCUUCGUCCGCGACUUCCCGCACGCCGACGCCAUCGUCAUGGGGACGUACUACCUGGCGCAGCUGUGCAUCACGCUGUCGGUGCUGCACGAGGGCGCGGUGGGCCCGGCGAAGGUCCCGAAUAAAGGGAAGUACGAGGAGGCCAAGAAGAAGGCCUCCCCGCCGCCGCCGAAGAAGGUCGCGUCGCCCCCUCCGGCGCCGAAAAAGGUCGACGAGGCCACCAACACCAAGAGCACCGGGAGUCCGGCGGCGCCGCGUUCCCCCAACGGUGGCAAGAAAAAACAUUACUAAAUUGUAUCCUUCCCUAUUAACACAAUUUAACAUUCGUUUUCUGGGUGAAUUUUUAUUUUUGUUACACGCUUCGAUGCUUUUCCCCUUUAUUUUCAAAUAAAAUACACACAAAAAAUCGGCACAGUGAUGUUCGAAUAAAAAAUGUUUUAACGCGACCGUUGUUCACG